AUGGACCCCAAAACCAGGCUGCGCAAGGCCUGCGAUGCCUGUAGCAUCCGCAAGGUGAAAUGUGAUGCCAGCGGCCCUCCUUGUCGGAGCUGUGCUAGCUUAGAAAUACCAUGUACGUAUGAGCGGCCGAGUAGGCGCCGUGGACCUCCAAAUCGUCAUGCGGAGGCUUUAAAGAAGCAGAAACUAGAGGUCCCACCUGAUGCUUCGCCGGCUAGUCUGAGCGACGUUCCGCUUGUAACCACUCCGCAAGCUUCAACAUAUCGGCAGACACCGCCGUCGUCUGUGCCUACGUCGGCGGAGGCUAUCUGUUCACUGCACACUGUGCAGCUACUUCUUGAUGAUUUUUUUACGUACAUCCAUCCGCUGGUUCCAAUCCCGCAUGAACCUACUUUUCGAGCUGCUUUUGAACGCCGAGAAGACAUGGCCAAUAGUACGUUCUUGGCUCUUCUCGCUUCCAUGAUUGGAUUCCUUGUCGCUUCCUUCCCCCGGCGGCCCAAAUUAAGGCUCAAUACUGAAGCUGAGCGCUUCGCAUUCCCGAACUCGAUCGCUCUGGUCAAACGAUGCCAUGAUGUUGCCAUCCAAGCUCGAGGUACAGGAUAUCUUGACCGAACUGCAACAGUUUACGACGCAGCCAUCAGUUAUUUUUUGGGUGUUUGUGCCGGUUACGUAUACAGCAUGCGCCGGUGUCGCAUCUACUUGGCUGAAUGCCGCACUAUGCUACAGGUCUAUGACCUCUGCCGCUCUCCCACCAAUGUCCCUCCUGUCUCUAAUAAUAUUGCAUCUACAUCGGCAAAGAGCGCACCAAGUCCACUGUCGGCUGCAUCAGGGAUGUCUCCACAGAUGUCUCACGACCAUUCUCCACCAAGUCUCACGGAUAACAAAACCGUCGAUCUAAUCACGCAAGAGCUUGGUCGUCGUCUCUUCUACGUCACCUUGGUUGGAUAUCAAUCUCUGCAUCAGCUUGGCUCCUCCGAUAUUAAGAUGCAUGUACCUCCAGAAACUCCCACGGAACGCUAUCCCCCAUUUCCACUCGAAGUCGAUGAUGAGUUCAUUUUCCCAGAUCAUGUCAAUCCUCAACCCACAGGCCGGAUUUCUCGUCUAGCUGGCUUCAACGCAAAUGUCCGGGUAUACAGUUCAUAUAAUGCCCUGCUGGCGUGGGAGACUGCUUUUGGUAGUGGGCAGAUUUUCAAUUGGGAGCACCAGCGCUCAAGUCUCUGGGACUGUCUUCAGAAAGCCAAGUCUGCGCUAUCAGACGUCCCCGUUGAACUAUCAGUAUUCCAUCCAAAACCAACUUCUAUGUUUGCUGGAAUGGGCCAAGAUGGCUCAGUGUUCAAUUACCCCGAUGACCACAUCAACCAAGAACGACGGGCAAUUCAAUAUGAAAUCCAGAAAGCCAACAUCUACGCCAGUCAACUCUCCACUCGCUCGUGCCAAGUCCGUGAUUUUCAACACUCCGCAAAUCAAGACCGAAAACUUUGUGGAUACACAAUCCGAAUAUACCACGGGAAACCCCCGGAAGCCACAUCCCGCACCGUCGGGAAUGCACAGACAGAUUAUAUUGGCCGCAUGAUGGCCCAAGAGCGCAAUCUAGUGAUCAAGGACCUAUUCGUCCUUUUGCGAACCGUCAAUGAAGUUAACAUGGAGCCAAACGGUGCAAGUAUCACUGGCAAAAUUCGUCAAGUAGCAUCAACCCUCCUCAACAUACCUUUCUACUCAAAAUCCAAUUCAUCGACUAGUACCAUCUCCACCGCAGACCCAUCUCCACAGUCAUCAGUGGACACAUCAUCGGCUCUCCACGGUCUCACGGCCGCAGAAGCAGAAUCCUAUCUACACGCUUUUAUCGAUACCCUCAUCCGUCUUGAAGGCCAUUCCACUGCAACGACGGACCCCGGCAGUACCGCCGAGGAUGUCAGUCCGCGAGCGAACGGCCGUGCGAUGAGCUAUCUGAGUGAUUAUGAAAGAGAUCAAGAAGAAUUAAGCCAGUGGGCUAGUUUAAAGGAGUAUCAGCAGAAAUUCGCUGAGGCUGGGGGUCUUCUAUCUGAGUUAUAG